GGACUUAUCAGUCAGGUUGCAUAUGCUUCUCUGUGCUUAUUACUUGAUCGGCUGGGACGCACUCCGCAUUGCUCAGCCCGUAGACCAUACCCCUGAACGCAGGCGACGUAUUUUUGUUAUGAUCUGGAGCUAUAUUAUCUGCUUCAUAUGACUGUGUGAUGUCAUACUAGGGAUUUAUUAAAAUGGGCGCAAUCGUCAACAGGAAACCGCGACACAAAAAGGUCGCCCACAGCACUGCAGACAAGGAUUCAGGGGCAUUCUUGAAGCGGACCUUGUCCUUAGUUACUUCUUGCUUCCUGGUGCCCCGGUCGCCUUCCCACUCUGGUGAGGAUGACCAUCCAACUCGACAUGCACCGACGCAAAGUGAAGUAAGGGCGCACAACCCAGACUGCGCAAAUGAGUGCGAGCGGCAACCUGUGCAGCUUCAUAAUGGCUUAAAAUCCAGUCGGGCAGAGAUUACCGGGGCCCAGGAUGCAUGCCUAAGCCUCUAUCAAGCCCUGAUCGACGCCAGCCCCCAGUACAUCUGCGUUUAUGAUGAACGAACAAGACGAUUGAUCCUAUCUAACGCCGCAAGCAAAGGGCUUCCUGGCGGCUCCGAUACAUUGGACUCACUUUUUGCGCUGGACCCCCAGAGUCUCGCUGACGCUAUAGAACGCGUCAAGGAUGGCCAGAGUUGGAGGGGUCUUAUUCAGCUUUCCAUCCCAAACCCAUGUCAGCCGGCAGCUUCUGCGGAGUUAUGCUGCCUUCCACUGGCACUCAGUCGUCGCGGCUCCGCAGCAGGCAUCCCGGCGCUGUCACCGGCCGUCUCCUCAAGCCCACAUGAUAAGCAGCUCGAGCCUGCCGGAAAAUCCGGAAUGCUGUUAAAGCGCCAACCCCUUGCAAGUAUGGCCUCCUUCUCUCUCCGGCAAGCGCUGACCCUAAUCGCAUACCCAAACGCUCGACGCUACGGGCCCUCGGCUGCGGUCGCCGCCAUGGGUGCCAACGACUGUGGCGAAGUGCUGUCGGCACAGAGCCUGCCGCCCUCCGGGCUUCUACUUUUCGACCUGGAAGCGCGUUCCUCAAACCGCCGCCCAACUCCCCGCCCGAGCCGUUCAAGCCGCCGACUCGGCACAGCGACCACGCUGCCGCCGCCGCCUCCGCCGGCAACCGGCACCAAGGUGACGUCGCCAGAGGUGGUCGCCGCCUCCUCCGCUGCCAUGUACACUAUCUCACAAGCCACGCGCGCGGCAGCUGCCGCCAAGGCCGCUGCCGCCGCCGCUGCGGCGGAGGCGGCCGCUGUGGUCGGUUCUGUUGGCGCAGUUGGCGGCGGCGGAGGCAUCAGCACUGCCUGCGCCAGCGGCGACGAUGCGGGAUACGCAACCGCCGUUCGGGAGGAUCGGAGCGUCCGGGAACCCGUCACUCCGCCGUCGAUGCUUCGCGCGCCCUCCGUACUGCGACGUGAGACGGACUUGAGCGCCUUGCAAGACGGCGCCCAAGAUGCGAUAGCGGUUGAGCGUGCUGGCAGCGCACCGGCAGGUGUAGCCAGCGGCGGUGUCCACAACGCAUUCACGGCGGGAGCGGUGUUUGUUCCUCUUUCUGGACUCAGCGGUAGCCACAGAGGCGUGGACAGGGAGUGCCAGGCUAAGGCCGGGGACGGCGGCACCGUCGCCACGACCUGCAAUGCUCGCACGGUGCUGCUAGCAGCACACCCAGCGCCGCCGCUGCAACCGCUUUCCGCUACGGCCCUCGCUGCAGCACACCGUCGUUGCGGCUUGGCGUACCCCGUUUCCUCUCCACAUCAGUCAUCUGUGCACGCGGAGAGCUCCGCCUCGCCCCCUCUCACUGCAGCUACAGGCGCAGCUACCGCUCCGGCCGCCGCAACCGCCGCGUCGGCAGUAGUGUCAGCAGCAACAGGUGCAGGAGCAGCACCCACGGCGCCGAAGGCUGAGUUGCUGUCGCCCUUCGCAUCUGUGCCUGGCUACUGCCCCUUGCUGGAUCGUGAUCGCGAUCGUGACGUUGAUGCCUGCUCCUCCCAAACCAACCUUGCCAAGAUGCCGCAGUCCCUGCGGCUGUCUCGCAACGCCUCUCCCUCCCAAGAACAGCUCAUGGAAGCCCUCACCACCAGCACUUGGGGCGCACGCAUGUCCAACCGCAGCGUGAGAUCUGUACGGCAGUCCAGCGCUUGCGGCUUGCACGGCCGCGGCUGCAGCUGUACGGCCCUGGACGGGGGUGCUGCCGUACAGGGUCGGCAGGACUGUCACCUGCGGCAGCACAUGCAGCAACAGCAGCAGCAACAACGACAGCAGCAGCCGGUGCGUGCGUGCGGAGAGGGCGGAUCAGGACCAGGAGGUGGCGCUGUGAGUAACACGGAAUCGGAUGGGGAGCUGCUGGGAAGGCUACAGCUUGCGCGGCAAGGCAGCAGCUACGAGCAACAACAACAGCAGCAGCUGCAGCAUGCGGCUGUUGCUGCCCAGGAGGCGCUUCUGUGCUCCUCGACCACCUCGACUGACAGCUUGGCUGCGGCUGCAGCCGCUGCUGCUGCGGCGUCGCCUGACGUCUGCUCUCAUCGGCACCAGGCGCACACCGGCAACGGAUACCCUGCCAGCCGCCCCAACAGCCAAUUCCAUCACAGCAGGCAGAGUUACAGCGGCUUUUCACUUCAUCAUCAUGCCCUCGAUGGCGCACCGCUGGGUAAUUCCGGCGUGCUGCCUCGGCUGCUAGGGCUGGCUACCAAGGUAUCCUGCCGUCAAUCCCGGCUCCGCGAACCGCUGGAUCGCCGCUAUCCGUAUUCCACGCAGCCAGACGUGUCUGGUCGGUUUGUUUCCCGUGCACGGAGCGGCAGCGCGGCGUUGAUUCCGGUGAUGACGUCAGCCGCUGCUGCUGCGGCAGAGCAGGAGGAUGACGGGGGCGCUUCACCAGCACCGGGCGUGGCCACAUCUGCGGAGGGGCUUGCGAGUUCGCUGUUCGGGAAUGGACGCUGCUUUGCUUCCCUGGGCGCGUUGCCUGAGCUGAGAGAGAGGUGCGGCAGGUCCUCCAUCCACCUCCGGACGGAGCACGAAACCGAUAAUUCGUUGACGCUAGGGACCAUCGCCAGCAGCACCCUCAGCAGCGGUGACGAGGGCGGAGACGCUGACGGUAGCGGCGACGUCACCCCGCCGGGCCAGUCGGAGCAUCCCACCGAAGCGCCCUCCUCGCAGCCGCACCUCAUGCACCUGACGCCGCAGCUGCAGCCGCCGCCGCAGCCGCCGCUCGCAUCCCACCCGUUGGGACCCAAGAGCGCAGCGACGGCAUCCUUGGGGGCUGAUUUGGACAGCCCUGCAACGCUCAGCGUCUCCAAGCACGGCUUCCUCCAAACGCAGGCAGCACAGCAGGGAGGGCAGGCCAGGGGCGUCGAGGUGCAGGAAGGUCACACCACGUUUGGGAGCAACGUCUGCGGCUCGGGGCAGCAUCUGGAAGACCUGUCGUGCACGCCUUUUGCCGCCGUGGGUGCGUCUGCUGGCAGUACGGCGGACAUAUCAGCGACUGUGCUGUCGGUGGUUGAAGGAGCGGAGCCGCUGGAGGCUGCUGCUGGUACCGGUACUGCUGCUGCGGGUUGUGGUGGUGAUGGCGGCGGUAGCGGCAUCGCUCCUCCGCUUGAGAUGGAGCGGUGGCAUGAGGUGGUUCUGAGCGGGCUGCGGCACCCGGUCAGCGGCGAGCAGCUGAUCCUGGUGACGCAGCACGACGUGUCGGCGCGCGUGUGGGCUGAGCAGCAGCUGGCGCGGGUGAUGGAGGCGGAGCACGCCAUGCUGGAAGCCAUCUUCCCGGCGCAUGUGCUGGAGCAUGUGGCAAUCAUGGCUGCUGCAAACGGCGAAGCAGAAGGCCUCACCGCUCGUCCCACCAUCCAACGCCUAGAGGCGGAGGCUCAGGCCGCAGCGCUGCAAGCUGGCUUGACCGGUCUUCACGGGUGCGCUGGCGGGCUGCCGCCAGGGGCGCCGGCGCUUCCGCCCGCCUGCCCUGGCGGCGCCGCCCCGCCUGCGGUCCCCAUCAUCACGGGCGACACCUUCCUGCACCUGUCCACCUCCCACAGCGCGCUCACCGUGCUGUUCUGCGACAUCCAGGGCUUCACCGCCAUGUGCAACGUGGUGAAGCCCGCGACCGUGAUGGCCUUCCUCAACGACCUCUACACGCGCCUGGACGCCAUGCUGGACGCGUUCGGGGUGUACAAGGUGGAGACCAUCGGCGACUGCUACAUGGUGGCGGGCGGGCUGAUGAAGGUGGACGAGGAGACGGGCGCAGUCACGGUGCGCUCGGACGACGUGGACCCGCAGCACGCGCACCGCACCGUGCACUUUGCCAAGGCACUGUUGCGCGCAGCCAGCGCCGUGCGACUGCCCACCACCGGCGAGCCCGUGCGGCUGCGUGUGGGCAUCCACAGCGGCCCCGCGAUGAGCGGCGUGGUGGGCACCCGCAUGCCCCGCUUCUGCCUGUUCGGUGACACCAUCAACACGGCCAGCCGCAUGGAGAGCACGGGGGUGCCGGGCGCCAUCCACGUCAGCGCCGCCACGCGGGACCUGGUGCCGGGGGAGCCGUGGGAGGCGACGGGAGGCGUGCAGGCCAAGGGCAAGGGGCUGCUGCAGACGUUCCUGCUGAGGCCGCCCCUGGAGCCCUGGUGAAGGGAAGCGGCAUGGCAGCCGCUGGGCGCCUGCAGCUACUUAGCCAGGCAGCUACGGGAGCACGGGCAUGGCAUGACCAAAGCUUUUCAUGGGUUCUGGUAGACCUGUAUGGGAGCUAGCUCUCCAGGGUUUACCCUUUAUUUGCCUUCGGAGGCGCAGGGCAGCAGCAGGGCUUCAGCAGGCUAGCUGCUGCCCUGGAGUCCCAGUCUUAGAGCGCAUGCAUGCAUGCAUGCAUGCUUUGAUGAGAGCCUUAGUACUGCGUUCCUUUUCAGUAAUUGCUUUGGCAGGAGCUUGCAAUGGGCGUUUGCGCAGUCGAGGCAAGCGGGGGUCUUCAUGCGGACCCUUGGGCAGGCUCGGUUUUGGCCGCGGUUGGAGAGCUGCCGUACUACCGCCAGGGGUCCAUUCUAUUUGGAAGCAGCCGCGUGCGCCGCAGCUUGUUGACUACGCGUGCUUUGUUUUUGGCUGCAGCGGUGCCGGGUAGCGGUGCAGAGUGUACAUCGCUGUGUGUCAUCUUGAGGGUACGCAAUUGGCUCGCCUGCCGCUGCAGGGACGUGAGAGGUGGAGGACGUGGAAGGUGUCAUAAAUGGCUCACAGGAUGUUGGGGUGCUGGAUGGGUCUGCGCCGCACAUGUGAGGUCUCGGUUGUCCGUUUGCUGCUGUUAAGAGGCAACGCGGGGCUGCUGUGUUGCAAAGUGAUGAUGCUGUCAUUCAUUGGGAGAGUUCAACAGUGCAGCGCGGCGCUGGGUAAGCGCCCGCUUGCUUGGUGCGCAGCAUCGCGGAGGAAAUGACUUACAUGCGGAGGAUUUUCCCUGGCGGUGCUCCUUCACAAGGACCGGUAAGGGCAUGCUUCUACGUGUACCUGCAUGCAUGCAUGUACCGGGGAACCCGCCAGCAGUGUUGUAUCGUUGUUUGUUGGGUGAUGGUCGCGGAGGCGUGCUGGCGGCGGCGGUGGCGGCGGUGAGUUCACGAGGAGGAGCACUGUGUCGGAGCUGCUUAUGGCGUAGCUUUGCGUGCCGUGUAUGAAUAGAGCAGGGCGGGUUGAUAUGAAGCGGCAGCAGGGUGUUUCAAGAGGCACUCGGGAGGGAAUUCUCGGGACGAACUUGUUUGGGUGGGUAAGAGUGGGAAUGGUAGCAUGGUAAUGAUGGAUGCAGCCAAAUGCCACGGUGGAUGCAGCUGAAGAUUUAUGUUGUGUGUAGUAAUGAGGUAUGAGGUUGGAUUGUUACCGUAUCCCAAGCGGCUGUUGUGUUGGACACGCCUACGCGCGCGCAUACGUUGAUAUGCAAGGUGGGGUAUCUGAUGCUGCUGUUGCGGUUGUUGUUGGGUGUGUAUUUGCAGGUUGACACCAUUCGAUUCGCUGUCAUGAUGCAGCCGACAGGACACUUACUUCUUUCCUUUAGGUGCGGUACCAACAGCCGCUGUCAAGCGCAUACGGUACCAGUCGUCGCUGUCAACUGCCGCAGCGGUUACGGCACUUCUGCCGGCAUUCCCGGAGCCUGCAUAGGCCCGUUCUGAGCCAUCCCGGGCACCCGUUUUCCAGUCUGUCCCGGAAUACGUGUUGCUUUGGAACUUGUUGCAGUACGAACGUGAGAAAUAGUGAAGCCCUUUUUGCAAUUUUGGUUUUCCUGAAGUUGAUUGCGGUCCGAGAGUAGAGAGACUCCUGCAACCCCCGGGUUUGUAUUGUGGCCGUAGUAGGUUGUUGCCCGCAUCGCGGCUUUUAUCAUCACAUUAGAUGGUGCUGACCACCCCCCUUCAGUCCCCAAAAUCUUCAUCCGCCCUUUUAUCGUGUAUGCCGGGCCAUUUCGCCGGCAGUUGCACCCCAAGAAGUGCUCUUAUCUAUUGUUGACCCUACGUGCUGUCACGUGGAUGGAACCGUUAAACCCCUUAAUUAGAUGUCACUAGAUGUCCGUGCUCCGAUUGUGCGACUUGCGGAUCAUGGAUCCAUCAUUCACAGUGACUGGUAGUAACUGAUAGUAACUUAUUGUACCGCUAAGAAAUUGCUUUUGUGAGUUGCCGUUUAAGGCAUGGAGAGGUGGCUUGGGUACCCGGUAGCAGUACCAUGCUUUGGGCGUCAAGCGCAGUAACUCGCAUACAUAGUCCUUCACACAUCGCGAGUCCUCCUGCACGCACGCAUGGUGUGAGGCUGCGUUGGGUACAUGGUACAGACGGGGGAACGGGCUGGGCGGCGGUGCAGACGGGGGGACGGGCUGGGCGGCAAGCAUGUGGUGUGUGUCAUGUGCACAUGCACGGCAUGUGGGCUGUUCACCAGGGGGCAGUCGCAGCUAAUUGCGGGGCGCCCUGAAGCAGUAGUCAGCGGUGGAAUUCUUUAGUGUGGCGCAGUCUUGUUGCGUUUGUUAAUGGGCUUGAAGGAGAAGGAGAAGCAUCUUAAGAAGAAGAUUAUAUUUAUUUCCUGAUUUGGCUUUACAGGUGUAGGGUCAUGGCACAUUGUCCAGGGUAUUGCUGUGUGUUUUCACUACAUACAGGGUCAAAGGGUCGUCAACAGAGGGUGUUCAGUUUCUGGAUCACUUCUGAGGCCCCGUGUGUGCAGUUCCGUUCAGGUGCUGUUGUUUGUUGUGUGGCAAUACCGGUAGGCUUAGGGUGUUUUGUGUGCGUGUGUCUUCCUUAAGGGUAUUGCGCUGGAUCGGAUUGGGUUGAUCCUUUGGCGGUUGACCGUUACGUCAGCCUGGUGUCCCAUCCAGGCUUCUGUUGUGACUAAUUUGCAGUCUAGCGCAAGUAGCUUUUCCGCGUGGUGUUCCCCUUGCCGUUCCAACUCCCAAAGUUCAUAACGGGCCUAAUGCCUGCAAGAAGCAAUUUGCAGCCACACAACCG